AGUUGGAGCUUGAUUUAAAACAAAUUAGAGAGAGGGAGGCAGCUACGUACGCUCUUUUGCCCUAAUAGCUAAACCCUUUGUACUCUCAAAUGGCUAAGAAUCGUCCCGAGAAAGAAGAAGAAGAAGAGUCCGGCGAGGAGAUGGAAGUUUCUUCGCCGGGAAACGCCGAUACGGAAUCGGAAUCGGAAUCAGAAUCAGAACCUGAACAAGAACAACACCCGAAAAAGCCACCAGUUGCAUCUCCAAAGAAGCCACAACCUCAAGAUGAUUCUUCUUCUACAGAGGAGGAGUCCGACUCCGACUCCGAGUCUGAACCGGAUCCGGAAACACAGAAACCAAACCCGGUUGUGAAACCCAUAGCGUCCAAAACCAUGGAUGAGCCAAAAAAAGCUGCGCCUACCAUUGAGAAGAAACCUCGAUCCAAAGCAGAUGCUACUUCCAAACUCACUUCUCCGAAGAAGUCCACUGCUGUUGUGGGAGCUAAACGGCCGGUGGAUGAUGGUGAAGCAAAGGAAUCGAAGAGGUCUAAGAAGAAACCAGAGAAAGAGAUUGAAACUCCAGUGAAGAAAACACCCACUGAUGACGUGAAAAGGCAGCUGUUUCAGAGAUUGUGGAGUGAAGAUGAUGAAAUUGCUAUCCUGAAGGGCAUGACUGAUUACAGGUCGAAGAAAAAAGCCGACCCAGUUGCGCAUUUGAGUGCAUUUCAUGAAUUCAUCAAAAAAUCUUUGCACGUAGAUGUGUCUAAGGCCCAGUUGCAAGACAAGAUAAGGAGAUUGAAGAAGAAGUAUGAAAACAAUGCUGGGAAAGAGAAGAAGGGAAAGGAGAGGACUUUCUCCAAGCCCCACGAGCAAAAAGCCUACGAAUUGUCCCAAAAGAUUUGGGGUAACGAGAAAAGUGACAAAGUUCCAGUUGAAGUUGCUAAAGAGGAGAAUGUAACUGCAAGUAAGGGGCAAAACAACAGUGGAGGUAAAGAUAAUAGGGUUUUGGUUGUAGUGAAGGAAGAGAAACUGAGCGCGGAGGUGGAGAAGACAGUGGAGGUUACACCUAAUUUGAAUUUGAUUUCUUGUGGUGGAAGUGUUGCUGCUCUGGAGAAGUGGCUUGAAGAGUAUUCUGGAUUGCUUAGCACGGAGAAGAGGAAUGAGAUUAAGGAAAACUCGACAUUCUUGAAGGUAGCUGAGGCUGAUUUGUGCUUGAGGAGGGUGAAUCUAAUUGCUGAGCAAGGGGAGGUGCUGCGCGAAGCUAUGAAAGCUUCUGGGAUUGAGAUCUAGAAAGAGUAAACUAAUUUAUGGCAAACUUCCUUUUUGGGUUUGUUUCUGCCUGUAGUUCUGUUAAUUGCUCAUUUUCUGUAGUAUUAGCUCAUUGUCUUUACAAGUAGCAUAUUUAUCUAAAUUGGAGCUUGUUAUGUGUGAUUUGCUAUUUGGAUAUAAACCAUAUUUGUCUCGCA